CUAAAAGGGCCGGGCAUGGGCUUAGAGAGUUUCUUUUUUGGAUUUGAUGGGCUUCUUAUAGUGAGAGUGCUAUCCUUAUCCGUACGACCCCUUUAUCCACGUAGUUUGUUUCAGUUCACGUCCGCGGUUCUUUUCAUCGCCCUAUCCAUUUCCAUGGCGAGCAAACCUUCAAACGAGGUUAUUCUGGAGCAGCUGAAAAAUGGAAUUGCUGUAUUCGAGCUUUCCUCGACGCCCGUUCGUUCAAUUUCAACAACUUCAAAUUCAAAUUCUCUGGCAUUCCUGACCCCGUUCAUCGAAGACUGUGGCCACCGAUUUUUUGCUAGAAUUGGACAAUCACUCGGAGAAAGAGGGUCACCGGCCAUCAGGAAAAUUGAGCGCUACUCGGUUCAGAAAGUUACUGGGGAUGGUCGCUGCCUUUUUCGUGCUCUGGUCAAAGGAAUGGCAUUCAACAGGGGAAUUUCUCUUAACCCACGAGAAGAGAGAGAAGAUGCUGAUGAAUUACGAAUGGCUGUAAAAGAGGUUAUAUGUGAAAAUGAUGGAGAGCGCCAUCAAUACGAAGCAGCACUGGUUGCCAUUACUGUUGAAGAGUCUUUAAAACGUUACUGCCAACGCAUUGAAAGACCUGAUUUCUGGGGAGGAGAGUCCGAGCUCCUGGUCCUAUCAAAGUUGUGUAGGCAACCAAUCACUGUAUACAUUCCCGAGCACGAGCAUGCAAGAGGUGGAUGGGGCUCCGGUUUUAUACCCAUUGCAGAAUAUGGAGCCGAGUUUAAUAAAGGUUUCCGGAAAAGGAAGUCCAAGAAUGUUGUGAGGCUCUUAUACAGCGGUAGGAAUCAUUACGAUCUGCUUGUCUGAGAACUGAGAAAGAAGCAACAUAGAGAUUCCAUUUUGUAGCUGGAUUCGAGAAAAAAUGUAGAACCUUUAUGGAUAAAAUUGAUUUACACACAUUUCAUUAGAUAUAUGCACAACAUUUUGUUUAUGGCCCAUAUCUUCUUGCUCAUGAAGGUACUAAAAUGCAUGUACUAUGUAGAUGUCAAUAAAGAGAAAAAAAUUUGUUAAAAGAAUAGA